AUGCACCUUUGUUUAUCCUUACUUCCAGAGGAUUCUGGCUUCCUGGAAGGAGAUGAGGAUGAAGACACAAACACCAUCUCUCAAGAUGACAUAGCAGAUGCAGUUGACAUCACUUCUGGGUCAAAGUACUUCAGCUUGCAUCUUUCCCAGUUUGGCCCAUAUAGGCUUGACUACAGCAGAACAGGACGGCAUCUACUAGUGGGUGGAAAGAAAGGUCAUGUGGCCUGCAUCGGCUGGCAAACCAAAGACCUCAUGUGUGAGAUGAAUGUCAUGGAAACGGUGAAUGAUGUCAAGUGGCUUCAUACAGAGGCCAUGUUUGCUGUGGCACAGAAGAGAUGGCUCUAUAUCUAUGACUCUAAAGGUGUGGAGCUCCACUGUGUGAAGAAGUUCAAUGAUGUCUUAAGAAUGCAGUUUCUGCCCUACCACUUCCUACUCGCCACAGCGAGUGCCACAGGGUUUCUGCAAUAUCUGGAUGUAUCGGUUGGUAAAGAGGUCGCAGCCAUCUGCACAAAAAUGGGACGGCUAGACGUGAUGGCACAGAAUCCCCAUAAUGCAGUAAUUCACCUGGGCCACCCAAAUGGCACCAUUAGUCUGUGGUCGCCCAACCAGAAAGAGCCACUUGUAAAGAUGUUGUGUCAUCGGGGCGCUGUUCGUUCCUUAACAGUGGAUAAAACUGGCACGUACAUGGUGACGUCAGGUCUGGACAGGAAGCUAAAGGUGUAUGAUAUCAGAGCUUUUAAACCUCUUCACUCCUGUUUCCUCCCUGCUGGAGCCUCUUGCUUAUCUCUAAGCCAGAGAGGACUACUCAGUGCUGCUACUGGAGAUAUUGUACAGGUUUUUCAGAACAUUUUGGGAAGCAGUCCUGUAUCCAAACCCUACAUGGCUCACCACCUUCGAGGGCAAAUUUGGGGUCUUGCGUACUGCCCCUUCGAAGAUGUUCUGGGAAUUGGACAUGGAGAGGGCUUCACCAGCAUGAUUGUACCAGGUGCAGGGGAACCCAAUUUUGAUGCUCUUGAUACAAACCCGUACCGCAGCUAUGAACAGAGACAGGAGUGGGAGGUCAAGGCUCUGCUAGAGAAGGUGCAGCCUGAGCUGAUUGGUUUGCACCCAGAACAGCUGAGUAAAGUAGACCAGACCAGCUUUGAGCAGAGGCACAAGGAACAAGUUGAAGCAUUGGGCUUUGAUCCAUUGGCAAAAGACAAAUUUAAACCAAAGACAAAGAAGAAAGGAAGAAGCUCGGCUGGUGCCAUAGAGAAAAGAAAGAGAAAAGUCGCCCAUGAGGAUCAGAGGGACGAAAUUCGGCAAUCCGUACAAGAACGAACAGAAAGAGAGAAAGAGCUGAAAGAGAAAUCCAAUGAAAAGAAGUUGGGAAAUAAGUCAACACUUGACCGUUUUAGAAAGUGAAGAUCCCUGACUGCUGUGAACCUAUCCUAGAGGACUAAUCCAAGCAGAAGAGACUAUUCAUGCAUGCUAAUCUGUUGCAAAUGUAAGAUUGCUGUUGUACAUGACAUUUUUUUUUCAAAACCUCUGGAUGUAAUUUCCUUGUUCCUUGAAAUCUUUUAGCUUGUUUAAUAAAAUACGUAUAAAAACUACAAAA